AGCAACAAUAAUUAAUUUGAAAGAUUCACGCAAGCGCCAUUAGUAAAAGUCUACAAGGUGACCUCUAAAACGUCUUACUUGGAAUUAGUUGGAGUAGGGUGGCCGGUGAAGUUAAACUGAUCUUCUUUAGUUUAACUUUCAUCCUCGUAAAGUAAGCAUGGCUGCUCCUCAGUCCGACUUCGAGAGAAGAAAGCAAAUUAGUGUCAGGGGCAUCGCAGAAGUCGAGGAUGUUAACCAAAUUAAGAAGUCUUUCAAUCGGCAUCUCCACUACACCCUAGUUAAAGACCGAAAUGUGUCGACACCUCGUGACUACUACUUCGCCUUGGCCCACACGGUGAGGGAUCAUUUGGUUUCAAGAUGGAUUCGUACCCAGCAGCACUAUUAUGAGAAGGAUCCGAAGCGCGUCUACUAUCUCUCCCUGGAAUACUACAUGGGAAGAUCCCUGACAAACACAAUGAUAAAUUUAGGGAUUCAAACAUCAUGCGAUGAAGCCCUGUAUCAGUUGGGUUUGGACAUCGAAGAACUUGAGGAUAUUGAAGAAGAUGCUGGUUUAGGUAACGGUGGUCUGGGCCGUUUGGCAGCCUGCUUUUUAGAUUCGAUGGCAACUUUGGGUAUGGCAGCUUACGGUUAUGGUAUUAGAUACGAGUAUGGCAUUUUUGCACAAAAGAUAGUGAACGGGGAACAGCGAGAGGAACCGGACGAUUGGCUGCGUUUUGGAAAUCCGUGGGAGAAAGCGCGACCAGAAUACAUGAUUCCGGUCAACUUUUUCGGUCACGUUGAGGAUACGCCCCAGGGAAAAAAAUGGGUUAAUACACAAGUUGUUUAUGCACUGCCUUACGAUAAUCCGAUACCCGGCUAUAAUAACAAUGUCGUAAAUACUCUCAGGUUGUGGUCGGCCAAAUCGCCAGUUGAAUUUGAUUUAAAAUAUUUUAACGACGGAGAUUAUAUUCAAGCAGUAUUAGAUCGCAACUUGGCAGAGAAUAUUUCUCGGGUGUUGUACCCAAAUGAUAACGUGUUUGAAGGGAAGGAAUUACGUCUUAAACAAGAAUACUUUAUGGUCGCAGCUACGCUUCAAGAUAUCAUUCGGCGAUUCAAGGCCGCCAAGUUUGGUAAGAGGGACGCUGUGAGGACUACUUUCGAACUGUUUCCGGAUAAAGUUGCAAUCCAACUGAAUGAUACUCAUCCUUCACUCGCCAUACCUGAAUUAAUGCGUGUUUUGAUCGAUUGUGAAGGUUUAGAUUGGGAGAAAGCGUGGGAUAUCACCACCAGAACAUGCGCUUACACCAAUCACACUGUACUACCUGAAGCUCUCGAAAGAUGGCCCACAUCAAUGCUGGAGUCGAUCCUACCGCGCCACAUGGAAAUUAUAUAUCAUAUAAACUUUCUUCAUCUUAAACAAGUUGAGAAACGUUGGCCAGGAGACUGGGAUAAAUUAAGAGCCCUCUCUUUAAUUGAAGAAGAUGGCGAAAAACGUGUCAACAUGGCGAACUUGUCCAUCGUCGGUUCGCAUGCUGUCAACGGCGUUGCACGAAUCCAUUCUGAGAUUAUUAAAGACGACCUGUUCCGCGACUUCUACGCGUUAUCGCCCGAAAAGUUUCAAAACAAAACUAAUGGCAUUACACCCAGGCGUUGGUUACUUCUGUGCAACCCCGGUUUAGCGGAUUUAAUUUCAGAUAGAAUCGGAGAAGAUUGGAUUGUUCAUUUGGAUCAACUGCAACAGCUGAAACAGUGGGCCACAGACUCCGGUUUCCAAAGGGCCAUAAUGAAUGUGAAACAAGAAAAUAAAUUCAAACUAGCCUCGAUCUUAGAGAAAUGCUAUGGGGUAAAGGUCAACCCGUACUCGUUGUUCGAUAUUCAAGUCAAGAGAAUCCACGAGUACAAGCGGCAGUUGCUGAAUUGCCUUCACAUAAUCACAUUGUACAAUCGAAUAAAAAAGAACCCCUCUGCCAAAGUGGUGCCACGUACAGUUAUGAUAGGAGGAAAAGCCGCACCCGGCUACUACACAGCCAAAAAAAUAAUUAAGCUUAUUACAUCGGUGGGUAACGUCGUAAAUAACGAUCCUGUAAUUGGCGAUAAAUUGAAAGUAAUUUAUUUGGAAAAUUAUCGCGUUACACUCGCCGAAAAAAUUAUUCCCGCCGCCGAUCUAAGUGAGCAAAUUUCCACUGCCGGCACAGAAGCCUCCGGUACCGGAAACAUGAAAUUCAUGUUAAACGGUGCUCUCACUAUAGGUACAUUGGAUGGCGCUAACGUUGAGAUGGCUGAGGAAAUGGGUAACGAAAAUAUAUUCAUUUUCGGCAUGACCGUCGAUGAAGUGGAGGCCUUAAAACGGAAAGGGUACAACGCACACGAUUAUUAUAAUUCAAAUCCUGAAAUUAAACAGCUGAUCGAUCAGAUUCAGAACGGAUUCUUUAGUCCCGGAAAUCCGGACGAGUUCAAAGAUAUUGUAGAUAUUUUAUUGAAGUGGGACAGAUUCUUCCUUCUUGCCGAUUAUGAGGCUUACAUUAGAGCUCAAGAGGAGGUCAGUCGUGUGUAUGAGAACCAAAGCAAAUGGCUGGAAAAGGCGAUCCACAACAUUGCUUCGUCAGGUAAAUUUUCUAGCGAUCGUACCAUUAUCGAUUAUGGCAGGGACAUUUGGGGAGUAGAGCCCAACUACAAUAAAUUACCAGCUCCUCACGAACCAAGAGAAUGACAUGAGCCUAAUGAGUGAAUUGUAUAUAGAAAACUGUAGAAAACUGAAUGUUAUUUCUAAAUAAUUGUGUAUUAACGCAACAUGCAAUACUUGUAUGUCAUGGGAUCUUCCUAAGCACUCAUUAAUUGUUCACUAUUAUUUUUUAGUUGUAGUUUCGUUUAUUUUUUGCUACUGCCAAAUAAUGUAUAGAAGCUAUAUUUGAGGUUUAUUGUAACAAACAAUUGGAUGCAUUCUAUAUAAGGAAGAGAGGAAUCUAAAAAGACUAUGCCAAAAUUAUGCGUUAUCUGUUUUAAGUGUUUAUAAAAGUCGUAAAUUUUAUCUAAUAGAGAUUUGCACAUAAAGUUAAUGUUUGGCUAUGUUCAAAGCACUAAUAAUAUGAAGUUAAAUGCAGAGUUAGUGAAUGUUA